AUGGCCACAGGGCAGGCGAGGGGACAGCAGGGCCCAGACCUGGCCCUCAGCCCUCAGAAGCCCCCUGAGGGGGUCAUGGCUCCCAAGAAUGGUGCUGAGGGGCAUCCUUUGACUAGGAGGAAGAGCAAAAGGGGGCUUCGAGGGUCCCGGAAGGGCAGCUCUGGGGAGCAGACCCCCAUCCAGGGCCGUGAGGCCCCAGGGAGCAGCAAGAACCCCUCUAGGACGGGAGAAGGGCAGGAGGGGCCAACCCCUGCAGCCCCUGGGUCGGGCUCUCGUCGGCAGUCCCACCGGCACCGUUCUGCCCCGCAGCACGAUGCUGCUCACAGGACAUACGGGCCCCUGCUCAACCGCAUCUUUGGGAAGGACCGCGAGCUGGGCCCCGAGGAGCUGGAUGAACUUCAGGCCGCCUUCGAGGAGUUUGACACUGACCAUGAUGGCUACAUUGGCUACCGGGAGCUGGGCGCCUGUAUGCGGACACUGGGCUACAUGCCCACUGAGAUGGAACUCAUCGAGGUCUCACAGCACGUCAAGAUGCGAAUGGGUGGCCGUGUGGACUUCGAGGAAUUUGUGGAAAUGAUGGGCCCAAAGCUGAGGGAGGAGACGGCGCACAUGUUGGGGGUGCGGGAGCUGCGCAUCGCCUUCCGAGAGUUUGACAGGGACCGGGAUGGACGAAUCACGGUGGCGGAGCUGCGGCAGGCAGCACCGGCUCUGCUGGGGGAGCCACUGCUGGGUCCUGAGCUGGAUGAGAUGCUCCGAGAUGUGGAUCUCAAUGGAGACGGCACCGUAGACUUUGAUGAGUUUGUGAUGAUGCUUUCCACCCACUGAGGCUCCAGGAGGGAGACUGCGUCACCCCUCUGGCCCCAGACACCAGCAGGGUUCAAGCCGCACACCCUCCCCAUGAGGCUCCAGGAUGGAAGAGACCCAGCAGCCCCCAGGCUUCUUCUGCCCCUGACAACACCUGGCCGGAGAGUUGGCUUGUGAUGUCACCAACCCACCCGUAUCCUCACGCAAGGUGCCUGGAGGAAACCUGCCCCCAAGUGCCCAUCAUUCCCCAGCGUGAGCAAGAUUUGGAUCUCUCCAGCCCCUUGGGACGUAGGGCGCUCCCUGGCACUGGGAGCAUUCAAAGACGGGGCAGCGUUGGGAGGGAAUUCUGGUAACAUAGUGAACUGAGAGGGUGGCUGGAGGCUUCCCAAUACUUACGCAUAGAAAUGUUAAAAAAAAAA